UUUUGUCAUUAUUCAAUUUCUGUGAUUGGCUGCCACACUUGCUCCAUCCUUCCGUAAGCUGUUUUGCUCCCCUGCUCCACCGUGCGCCGCCGUACUGCUUCUCUUAUCCUUUGCAAUUUUCUGCAUCCCCAUCGUCUACACUCGAACCUCUUUUCUGUCUCUUCUCAUCAAUGGCGUCUAUAUCUCCCCCAACCUUCCCUUCCUCCACUCGCAACUUCGAUCCAAUUCCCCACAAACUCACCUACGCAACCCCUAAAUUCAACACCACUUCUCAUUUGAACCACCGAUCAACCUAUUCGUCGACUCUCUUCUCGCAAUCUCUCUCCAUAGGUUUUCAUUCUAAGACCAUCUGUCGCUGCCAAAAGAAUAACGAUGAAGGCAACACCGGAGACAACGAAAGCCCUCGCCGUUGGGACUCGGCAUUUCACGACUACUUGAAAAAUGUGAUUAAGUGGUUUGAUGAUUACAUGGAUGGCUAUCAUAUUAAUCAACCGGAAAACGACAAAGGGGAAACGGAUGAUUCUUGUGGUGGUGCUGUGAUCGUUGGAGAUGGAGGUGGUGAUGAAGAUUGGGAUUGGGAACGGUGGAAGAAGCAUUUCUGUGAGGUGGAUAAGCAGGAGAUUAUCGUUUCUAUCUUGGAGAAUCAACUACACCUUGCUGUUGUUAAAGAGGACUACGAAGAAGCUGCUAGGAUUAAAGUGGCAAUUGCAGCAGCUGCAACUAAUGAUACUGUUGGUAGAGUGAUGUCUCAGCUGAAUAAAGCCAUAAAGGAAGAACGUUUCAAAGAUGCAGCCUUUGUACGAGAUCAUGCUAGUGCAGGUUUGGUAGGGUGGUGGGCUGGAUUUUCAGAUGAUAGCCAAGAUCCAUAUGGUCGUAUUAUCCAGAUAAGUGCAGAGUAUGGAAGGUACCUUGCAAGAAGUUAUUCUCCCAGGCAGCUUGCUGAGGCUGCAGAUGGUGUCCCUUUGUUUGAGGUUUUUAUCACAAUGAAUGAGAAAGGAGAAUACAAACAUCAGAUUGUAUACUUGAAACAAAGCGAGAUUUCUAGAAACUUUUCAAUUGAUUCCGCCACAUCAUCAAGUCUUAUCAAUACUUUGAAUUCCCUGGACUCCAUGGAUGAAGAAAGUGAUCUAUCUGCAAAUGACAAUGAAGACACGAAUGCUGGUUUUGAGAAUAUUUUAAGAGAUAUAAUUCCUGGUGCAAAAGAUGUGAAAAUUAAGGUGAUGAAUCUCACACCACUAGGAAAAAUAGACAUGAGUUUAAUAUCAAAGGUGGUUGAACAAAUAAUGGAGGAAGAAGAUGAAGAAGGAGAAGAAGAAAGAGAGAGUGAUACAGAGUUGGAUAGUGAUACAGAGCAAUAUGAGAUUGAUUUUGAUGUUGGGAUUACAAUAGUUGAUAAUGAAGGUAAUAGUCAAACUGCAGUCAAGAUUAUGGUUAGUGAUUUGGCACAAGAAGCUUCUUCUAACAAAUCUUGUAAAGAUAUAAUUCGAACACCUGCCAAAUUAGAAAAGAAAAAUCUCUCAUCUUUCACUUUCAAAAUAGACAAAGAGAAUCCACAAGAUUCUUUAGGCAAUAAUGGUGGAAUUCAAGAUAGUAAAAGUCAGAGCACAGACAAUGUUAUUCUUGAUCUUGCAAGGGCUAUUGUAAGAGGGGAGAUACCCGUGAAGGUGCUUGACAAUGUGGAUGAGUUGAUAAAUCUCACCAUUAAUCAGGGGCAAAAUCGUCAAUCUUUAUCUGGAUCUACAACAUUCAACCGGAUUGAGCUUCCGUUAACUGGAGACCCUUUAAAUGGAAUUUAUGUUGGACAUGGGUAUUACACUUAUGAAAUUGUUCAAUUAAAACGAAAAUUUGGUCAGUGGAAAGAGGAUGAAAACAAGGAGUUUACAAAUCUUGAGUUUUAUGAGUAUGUAGAAGCAGUUAAAAUUACGGGGGACCCACACGUGCCAGCUGGACAGGUAGCAUUUCGUGCAAAAGUUGGAACUAAAUAUCAGCUUCCUCAUGGAGGGAUCAUCCCAGAAGAAUUUGGAGCGAUUGCUCGAUAUCGAGGACAAGGGAGGCUUGCAGAGGCGGGAUUUCAAAAUCCUAGAUGGGUUGAUGGCGAACUUGUAAUUCUUGAUGGAAAGCGCAAUAAUGGAGGUUCUGUUGUUGUAUUUGUAUAUCGGGCACCUGAGAACCAUUCUGGGCUAUUCUUUAAGCAGUUAAGGCUCCAGGAAUAGAUUUGCUUUUUUGUAGCUAAUUAGGCUUUUUGUAAGUAACCUAUUCACUAGUGCUAGAAAUUAGAAAAUGUAUCCAUGGAAUUGACAUGAUAAGAAAUAGCACAUCAUGUAUUUCUAGAGACAAACUUUAACAUAUCAUAUCAUAUAUUAAUAUAUCCAUUGGUAUUUUUGGUUU